CUUAAUUAGGCGAAUGCUUGACGAGAGUUUUCUCAAAUCAAAACAAAACACGCGAUAUCAAUUUUGUACUAUUUUAUUACUGUGAAUAAAUUAGGAGAUUAAAGUGCCUGAGUAUUUUUGCCACCUGAAGGCCUAGGAAACCACAUCCGUGUGGUUCUAUUUUGUAGUUAUAGACAUUUUCUCUGUAGAAAUGUCCAGUGAUAGGAAAAUCCUCAAACAGGAUGUGAACAUGGAUCAUCUGUACUGCAAUGAUGUUAGGAAUAGUGGAUUUAUCAAGAGCAGCACCAGGUCAGAUCUCAUCUCAAUCAUUAAAGAGAACAAACAACUUAAAUCCAUGCUACUGCUGCAUCUUGACCUAAUCCAGGAACAAAGUGAUCAGCUUCUCACGAAGGAGAAGCAGAUAUCUAAUUUACGGCAAGAAAAUGAAUCCCUGAAACUCAAGAUUGAUCGGAUGGGGAAGAGGAUGAUUUAUAAGCAGGUGCCCAAUCACAAUAUACCAACAACUGUGAAUGGAAUGACAAGGCAGAAUGGAGAAUCAUCAAAGGGCCACUUCCGGACGAAUUUCUCUGGGAAAUGUCAGACAGUUCCGAUAGUUCAGAAUGUUAAGAAGAAAAUAGGGAUAAGGCAGGAAAAAUCUCUUCCAAAAAUAGCUGAGAAGCAAGUAAAAGUCAAUGGUCUGUCCUUUGGGAAAAUUGUCCUGGAUAAUGUGAAAAAUAUUCAAAAUAUCACGCCAGUUGCAGAGGGACCACUUGAGAUUAAGCAAGAGGUCACUGAAAAUCACUUUUUGCAGUUCCCAGAGAGCCAGAAUCUCCUGCUGCAGUCGGACGAGCCAAUGAUUGAUUCCAAAGAUGAUGUCCGAAAUACAGUUUCCGAGAUCUUGAAGCCCAAGAGAAGACUGUCUGAGACGUCCGAGACAUUGACAAUUUUCAGAGAACAAUCCAAGAAAUUACCUAAAAUCCCGCCCAUGGUCACAAAAAAGCAGUACAUGACACGAGAUUGGGAUUUAUUUUUCCUGGAGGAAGAGCUAAUGCAGGUGAUUGGGAAACGGGAAACCUUGGAGAUCAAUCUGGAAGUGCCCAGUUGGCGAAUUGUAGAUGAAGAAGAGGAGGAGGAAGACAGUCUAGAAAGAGAGACCAAAGCAAUAUAUGAGGAUGAAGUCCGGGAGGAUAUUUACAUAAAGAGUCAUCUCAAGUUCGAGAUUGACGAGCGUCGCCGGAAGAAAUGGGAUGUGCAGAGGAUACGUGAGCAGCGGAAAAUAGAACGACUCAAAAUGCGACAGAACAAGUCGAAAAUAAGGAAUGGAGAGGUGAAGGCAUCCCUAUGCCCAACUUCCUUCUAUCCCACUCCCAAUACCAUCCACUUUAUUCACAUCGCAGAUGAGCUACCUGUGCAGGCAUUCGGAGAAGUAAUACCCUCCCUGACACCCCUGGGCUUUACCCUGCCAUGGAUGACAUAUCAUGAGAGCCCACAUGUAGUUCUGCACGAAUCUCAGGAAGUAGAUAAAAGGACAGUCUCUUCAAUUUUUGUGCAACGUACUUCUGGGCAUACCAAAACUUUAUCCAAAACUACGCAGAAACAUUCAGCUAUCAAGAGAUAAAAAGAUCUUAUACUUUUGUGAUAUUAACAGAAAAAUAAAGUUUAGGAUAAAACAGUGA